AUAGAGUGCCCAUUUACAAUAUAUCUUGUAAUAAAAUGUUUGGUUUUGGGAAAGAAGAAACACGAAUUACAGCUAUAUGGUAUGUGAAUUUGAAGAAGAAAGCUUAACAACAGGGUCAGACUUUGGCUGAUAUUUAGUGUAAGGCUCCUAAAUACACCCCGACACUAAAUAUAAAUCAUCUCACUUAAAAUGCAACUUUAAAUGCUUUUAAACCAAGGGCAAGCACCAUGUCAGAACUCACUCAGCAGACUUUUUAAGGUUCCUAUGCUGUCUGUGAGGAGCGCUCAUGGCGAAGCUCCCACACAGAGCCCCACUGAGGCUCUGUCACCUGUGGAAAGAAGAAGCCUCACAGACAGGGUGGGCACCCUCUCAGGUUUGGUGGCAAGUGGCUGUAAAGACCCCAUUAUUUUUGGAGUGAGGGUUAAAUCCUUCUUCCCCCUGCUCUCCACAGAGGGUGGAGAAGGGUUAAAGUCAUCUCCCAGCUCAGGGCUCGAGACAGGCAGAUGUGACAGAGGCAGGCCUGUAGACCGCAUGCAGCAGGGUGGGUGCCUGCCUCACCUUCAGGCUCCCUCCGGCCUCUCCUGCCUCUCCACCCCAUGGCCAUUCGAGUAUUUUGCAACUCCUGCUUCUGUGAGCCCCGUAAGUCCUCUCCACGGUUUAUCUUCACCAGCUGUGGCCAUGUCAUCUGUGAGCUCUGCCUCCAAAAAGGCAAAAAAGAUGAAUGUUUGAUCUGCAGAACUCCUUGUCGUACAGUAUUCCUUUCAAAAGAGACAAGUCCUGAAAUUCAGUCACUGUUCAUGGGAAUAGACACACUGUGCAAGAAAUAUUCAAAAGAAAUAACACAGAUAUCAGAAUUUCAAGAAAAAAAUCGUAAGCAUUUGCUAGCAUACCAGAGAGAAAAGAGAGUAAAGCUGGAAGAAUCUCUGAGGAAAGCAAGACAACAACUACAUCAGAUACAAUGUAUGAAACCUCCUCAGCAAGCUACUCAACUGCCAUUUGCCAGUACAAGCAGAAAUCCACUUUCCAUGCCUUCAAGAAGACCGAAUGGAUUUUCUUCUUAUUCUCUUCAACAUAGUAAUCCUUCCACUUCUGAAAUAAUGGAGUCAAUGGAGGUUGAUCCUGUACCUUCACCGGUGAGGAAACCUGAGACAAUGACUGGUCCAGCAAGAUUAUCAGUUAUAACUCCACCACAAGAUGGACGUAUGGGUAGUGUAUCCUACAGAAGUUCUCAGUCAUCUGGAAUAACAUCAAGUCAAAGUACAGUAGCAUCUACAAGAUCCACACCUAUAGGACUGCCACAUAAUGGAUGUUCACUUAGAUCACCAUCUGGAUCACAAAGCAGUAGGAGAGGAUCAUGGUCUGCUACUGAUUUCAGAACUCCUCCAUUGUAUCAAUUUACAUUACCAUCACCAAGGUCGUCUGUAACAAGACCUCCGAUCACCAUCUCUGGAAUUCUGCAAAGACAACAUUUAGGAACAACCAGUUUUGGAGGACAAACAGCAGAAAGAUAAGGGAAAGUCAGUGAUUUAUGUUGUUCAAUAAGCAUUUUGAAAAGCCUUGCACUGUUGUUGGGUAUCAAAGUGUUUGUAAUUUCUAUAAAAUGUCAAAGUAGCAUAAAACAACUAUUAUUCAGCGUGAAUAAUGUAUGUAAAGCAUUGCUGAACUUGCUAUUUAACAUCUGUAGUAACUUCAAGCAGGAUCACAAAAGAUUCUGGCUUUUUAAAGGUAUGUUGGCUUAAAAUAUAUUGUAAGAACUGUAAAAAUAAAUUACCUUUAUUAACGAA